AUGAGCAGCCCCGUCGAUGGCGAGGGCCUCGUUCCUGAUCCUGAAAGGCUGUGUGUUUGUUCAGUGUUUACAUUACACUUCCCAGAACUUUUUAGCUUUAAAAAUAAUUACCGAUGGAUGACAAUAACACCCUCUUUGAAACUUUGCAUUAAACAGGUGGAGUCAUGCAGCAACUGGUCUGACCUGGUUCAUGUUAUCUCGGAUAAAGCAUGCCUGACACAAGGAGAUCUCUUUUGGCACUACCCAACAAAGUCACAGAUGCAGCUGGGAACCCAAGCCUCGUGCAGCAGCAGCGGGGUGAGUGUCCCUCUGCCAUGUGCCCUCUUUGGGCAGGCGCAGUGCUGUCCUGCUUCGUUCCAGCCUCCUCAGAGGGCUUCUGCAAGGCUUGCCGCAAUCAACGAAGAGGUGGACCACAGAACCUGCUCUGAGCCUUGCCAAGGAAGGGAAGUUUGCUACAAAAGGCUUGGAUGCUUUACGGAUAGCCCCCCUUGGUCUGGGAUCCCAGGGAGACAACUAGCAGGCUUGCCCAGCUCUCCAGAAGCUGUAAACACCAAUUUUCUCCUUUACACCAGAGACAACAUCAUGAAAUAUCAAAAAAUUUCUGCUACAAAUCCUUCAACUAUCAAAGCUUCAAAUUUCCGAACACACAGGAAAACUCGCUUCAUUAUACAUGGCCAUCUUGCUGGAGCAGACCUCCCCUGGAUAACAAAUAUAUGCAGGUCCAUGUUUCACACUGAAGACGUGAACUGCAUUUUGACUGACUGGAGAGGUGGCUCUAGUGGUUUGUACACUGACGCAGUUAACAACGUCCGCAUUGUGGGGGCUGAGCUGGCAUAUCUGGUGAACUUUCUUGAGAAAGACUAUGGCUACUCUCCUGCCAACGUUCAUUUAAUCGGCCACAGUCUUGGAGCACAUGCCGCAGGGGAGGCAGGGAGAAGGAAACCUGGCAUUGGAAGAAUAACAGGUUUGGAUCCAGCUGGGCCCCUUUUCCAGUAUACUCCCACAAUGGUUAGGCUGGAUCCUUCAGAUGCAAAAUUUGUUGAUGUAAUUCAUACUCACGCUGGUCAUCUUUUCUUUGACUUUGGGAUUCUUCAGACUUGUGGCCACCUGGAUUUUUACCCAAAUGGCGGGAAGAAGAUGCCAGGAUGCAAGCAGCUUCGAGUACCUCCCGCAACUCGGAAUAUCAAUCACCUUAUGAGAGAAUAUAGAUCUAUCGGAUGUGGACAUAAAAGAAGUCUCCGAUAUUAUGCUGAGAGUAUUAUCAUUCCCAAUGGAUUUGUUGGGUAUCAGUGUGAAACAUAUCAAGCAUUUGUAUUGGGAGACUGCUUCCCAUGUCCGAAGGAAGGAUGCCCACUGAUGGGUCAUUAUGCUGAUAAGUUUUCACAUAAAACUGAAAAAGAACAGCAAAAGGUUUAUUUAAACACAGGGCCCUCCCCUCCAUAUGCUCGCUGGCGAAAAAAGAUAUGUGUCAGAGUAUCUGCAACAGAAACCAUGAAGGGAAAUAUAGACGUAGCCUUGACUGGAACUAAUGGGAUCAGGAAAAAAUACACAAUUGACAAGAUGACAGUUAGCAUAGCAAAGUGGGCAAGAGCAAAGAGCUCUGUGGCUACUGCUGGGCUCAAACACCAUUUGGUGAUCUCUGAGAAGACAAAGAACUGCAUGAUGUACGACCAUACAUUUGAUCAUUCCCUCAACUAG